AAAAAAAAACAAACCCAGAAAAGCCUCGGGAAAAGACCUGAAAAAACCCAGAAAAGCAUCGGAAAGUGGCCUAAAAAAUCCCAAAAAUACCCCCAAAAAGCCCCCCCAAAAACCCCAAAAAGGCUCAGAAAAAGACCUGAAAAAACCCCAAAAAUCUCCCAGAAAAGCCUCAAAAAAAAAAAAAAAACUCAGAAAAGCCUCGGAAAAUGCCCUAAAAAACCCCAAAAAGGCUCCCCAAAAAAACCCAAAAAGGCUCAGAAAAAGACCUGAAAAAAACCCAAAAAACCUCCCAGAAAAUCCUCGAAAAAUGUCCUAAAAAAACCCCAAAAAGGCCCCAAAAAAACCCCAAAAAGCCUCAGAAAAAAACCAAAAACCGCCCCAAAAACCUCCCUGAAAAGCCUCAAAAAGCCCCAAAAAAGCCCCAGAAAAAGACCUAAAAAAACCCCAAAAAAUCCCAAGAAAAGACCCCAGAAAAGGCUCAAAAAAUGCCCUUAAAAAAUCCCCCGAAAAUCCCAUAAAAGCCUAAAAAAACCCCAAAAAGCCCCAAAAAAACCUCCCGGAAAAGGCUCAAAAAAUGCCCUAAAAAAAACCCAAAAAGGCCCCCAAAAAACCCCAAAAAGCUUCAGGAAAAGACCUGAAAAAUCCCAGAAAAGCCUCGGAAAAAGACCUAAAAAAACCCAAAAACGCCCCAAAAAAACCUCCCAGAAAAGCCUCGGAAAAUGCCCUAAAAAACCCAAAAAAGCCCUUAAAAAAAACCCAAAAGGCCCCCAAAUAACCCCGAAAAGCAUAAAAAAAAAAACCCAGAUCCCUAAAAAAACCCAUAAAAAAGCCUAAAAAAAAACCCAAAAAGGCCCCCAAAAAGCCGCAAAAAAACCCCAAAAAGCUCCCCCCCAAAAAAAACCCCAAAAAACCCCACAAGGCUCCCCCAAAAAAACCUUAAAAAAAUCUAAAAUAAUCCCAAAAAAGCUCCAAAACCCCCAAAAAGCUCCUGCAAAAACACCCAAAAAACCUUAAAAAUGUCAAAUAAUCCCAAAAAACCCCAAAACCUCCCCAGAAAAACACAAAAAACUUUAAAAAUGUCAAAUAAUCCCCCCCAAAAAACCUAAAAAAAACCCCCAAAAAACCUACCAAAAAAAACCCCACAAAAACCCCAAUUAAUCCCAAACACCCACAAAAAAAAAAACCAAAAAGCCCCAAAAAUCCCCUUAAAAACACCCAAACAAAUCCCAAAAAUCCCAAAUAUAUCCCAAAAAUUCCCCCAAAAAUCCCAAAAAAUCCAAAAUAAAUCCCAAAUAAAUUCCAAAUAAAUUCCAAAAGAUCGCAAAAAAUCCAAAAUUAAUCCCCAAAAUCCCAAAUAAAUCCCAAAUAAAUUCCAAAUAAAUCCCAAAAAAUCCCAAAAUAAAUCCCAAAUAAAUCCCAAAAAUCCCAAAUAAAUCCCAAAUAAAUUCAAAUAAAUCCCAAUAAAUCCCAAAUAAAUUUCAAAUAAAUCCCAAAAAAUCCAAAAUUAAUCCCAAAUAAAUCCCAAAUUAAUCCCAAAAUGCCCAAAAUCCCAACCCCCCCCCCCCCAUUUAUUCCCCCGGGCGGGGCCGCCCCUCCCCCCCCAGCUCGGCCCGGAUUAAAGAGCCAAGGGACUGGUCUGGACUGGUCUGAACUGGUUUGGACUGGUCUGGACUGGUCUGGACUGGUCUGGACUGGUUUGGACUGGUUUGGACUGGUUUGGACUGGUUUAUACUGGGGGGCUGGGGGUGCACUCUGCCUGCGAGUCCCCGGCGCUCCCAGUGCUCCCAGUUCCCAUUCCCAGUGCUCCCAGUGCUCCCAGUUCCCAUUCCCAGUGCUCCCAGUAUCCCCAGUUCCCAUUCCCAGUGCUCCCAGUGUCCCCAGUUCCCAUUCCCAGUGCUCCCAGUAUCCCCAGUUCCCAUUCCCAGUGCUCCCAGUGUCCCCAGUUCCCAUUCCCAGUGCUCCCAGUGUCCCCAGUUCCCAUUCCCAGUGCUCCCAGUUCCCAUUCCCAGUGCUCCCAGUGUCCCCAGUUCCCAUUCCCAGUGCUCCCAGUUCCCAUUCCCAGUGUCCCCAGUUCCCAUUCCCAGUGCUCCCAGUGUCCCCAGUUCCCAUUCCCAGUGUCCCCAGUUCCCAUUCCCAGUGCUCCCAGUUCCCAUUCCCAGUGCUCCCAGUUCCCAUUCCCAGUGUCCCCAGUUCUCGCAGCCUGCCCGACACCGCCGCGCCGCCAGGUGUCGCACUCCCGGGCGGAGCCGUUCCGGCCGCCGCUCUCGCUGCUCCCGCACCGGAAGUGGCCGCUCCGGCCGCUGCGGCCGCUUCUCUAUGGUUCGCUCCUCCCCUCCCGGCGGCGCCGUCACGUGACCGAAACCAGCCCGGCGUCGCGUGACCGGAAGCUCGGUGACGUCACUGUUUGCGGAAGUGCCCGAGCGGAGCCGGUGUGCCAUGGAGAUGCUGUUUGGGCGGCGGCGCUCUCCGGAGGAGCUGCUCCGGCAGAACCAGCGCGCUCUGUCCCUGUGUGCCAUGGAGAUGCUGUUUGGGCGGCGGCGCUCUCCGGAGGAGCUGCUCCGGCAGAACCAGCGCGCUCUGGCGCGCGCCGUGCGCGAGCUGGAGCGAGAGCGGCUCAAGCUGGAGGCGCAGGAGAAGAAAAUCAUCGUGGACAUCAAAAAGAUGGCCAAGCAGGGCCAGAUGGACGCCGUGCGGGUGCUGGCCAAGGACCUGGUGCGGACGCGGCGCUACGAGCGCAAGUUCAUCGCCAUGAGAGCCAACGUGCAGGGGGUGGCGCUGCGCGUGCAGACCCUGAAAUCCCACAGCGCCAUGGCCAGCGCCAUGCGCGGCGUCACACGGGCCAUGGCCACCAUGAACCGCCAGCUGAAGCUGCCGCAGAUCCAGCGCAUCCUGCAGGAGUUCCAGAAGCAGUCGGAGCUCAUGGACAUGAAGGAGGAGCUGAUGAGCGACGCCAUCGACGACGCCCUCGGGGACGAGGACGACGAGGACGAGAGUGACGCCGUGGUGUCGCAGGUCCUGGACGAGCUGGGGCUGAACCUGACGGAGGAGCUGGCCACGCUGCCGGCCCCGGGGGGGUCCCUGGCGGCGGGGGAAGGCCGCGGGGGCGCCGAGGCGGCCGCGGCCGCUUUGGCCGACGCCGACGCCGACCUGGAGGAGCGGCUGAAGAACCUGCGGCGGGACUGAGCCUUCGGCGCUGCUCGGAACUGCUCGGGGCCGCUCGGGGCUUCUUCGGGGCCGCUCGGCGCUGCUCGGGUCUUCUUCGGAGCAGCUCGGAGCUACUCGGGACGGCUCGGGGCGGCUCGGAACUGCUCGGGGCGGCUCGGGGCGUCUUCGGGGCUUCUUCGGGGCUGCUCGGAGCUGCUCGGAGCAGCUCGGGGCUUCUUCGGGGCUGCUCGGAGCGGCUCGGGAAGGCUCGGGACUGCUCGGGGCUUCUUCGGGGCGGCUCGGGGCUGCUCGGAGCCGCUCGUGGCCGCUCGGGACUGCUCGGGGCCGCUCGUGGCCGCUCGGGACUGCUCGGGGCCGCUCGGGGCCGCUCGGGGCCGCUCGGGGAUUCUUUGGGGUUUCUUUGGGGUUUUCGGAUUUUUUGGGAUUUUUUUUCGGGAUUUUUCGCCGUCCCAGAGCGGGGAUUUUGCCUCUUUAUUCCGAUUUUCGGGGGGAUUUUCCAGUCCCUGCCCCACGCUUGGGGCCUUCCAAAAUCUGAGCCCCUUUAUUUAGGAUUUCCCCCAAUUUUUGGGAUUUUUUUUCUGAUUUUUUUAGGAUUUCUGUCGGAUUUUUUUGGGAUUUUUCACCGUCCCAGAGGGGGGAUUUUCCCCCUUUAAUCCCAUUUUUUGGAGUGGUUUUGGGAUUCUGACCCCCCCAAGUGGGAUUUUCCCCUUUUUUGGGAUUUCCCCCCUUUUUUUUGGGAUUUUCCCCUUUUUUGGGGGCUUUUCACUCUUUUUUUUUGGGAUUUUUUUCCCCUUUAUUUAGGAUUUCCCCUUUUUGGGAUUCCCCCUUUAUUUAGGAUCCCCCUUUAUUUAGGAUUUCCCUUUAUUUAGGAUUUUUCCUUUAUUUAGGAUUUCCCCUUUAUUUAGGAUUUCCCUUUAUUUAGGAUUCCCCCUUUAUUUAGGAUUUCCCUUUUUUGGGAUUUCCCUUUAUUUAGGAUCCCCCUUUAUUUAGGAUUCCUCCUUUAUUUAGGAUUUCCCUUUAUUUAGGAUUUCCCUUUAUUUAGGAUUUCCCUUUUUUGGGAUUUCCCUUUAUUUAGGAUUUCCCUUUAUUUAGGAUUCCUCCUUUAUUUAGGAUUUCCCUUUAUUUAGGAUUUCCCUUUUUUGGGAUUUCCCUUUAUUUAGGAUUUCCCUUUAUUUAGGAUUUCCCUUUUUUGGGAUUUCCCUUUAUUUAGGAUUUCCUCUCUGGGCUCUUUCCCCUUUCUGGGACUGCUUUGGGGUAAAUUCCCCUUUUUGGGGUUUUUUCCCCAUUUCUGGCUCUUUCUCCCUUUUGGGGUUUUUUCCCCAUUUUUGGGAUUUCCCCAAUAAAGUUCCCUUGGGGC